ACUAUCAGAGGGCAAGAACCUUUCUCUGCAGCUACACGCUCCGUCUCCCAGGAGCAAGGGGGAACUCCGAGGACCGGAUAAUCGUGGCAGCUCUUGCCAGAGCCCCGGAGGAGGGGUUCCCCGCUCCGCCUGCUAUCCGGCAGCCCGCACAGAGCCAGCGGAGUUGCAGCCACCGAGCGGGCGCGCAGCUAGGUGCGUCCCCCGGCGCUGGCGUGCACAGCCACAUGCAGCCUGCUGGGGACCUGGGGCCAGGGUGCAGCGAGCCGGCCGGGGCAGAGGCGGACGGCGUCUCAGGGAGGCGCUGACUCCCAAGUAGAGCACCCCCCUUCCGGGCAGAAAGUCUUCGCCUGGGGUUCCCGACCUUUCUGAACAUCCAGAAUGGUGUUCCUGAAAUUCCUCUGCACGAGUUUGUUCUUCUGCCACCUGUGUCAGGGCUACUUCGAUGGCCCCCUGUACCCAGAGAUGUCCAACGGGACUCUGCACCACUACUUCGUGCCCGAUGGGGACUAUGAGGAGAACGAUGACCCGGAGAAGUGCCAGCUGCUCUUCAGGGUGAGUGACCACCGGCGCUGCUCGCAGGGGGAGGGAAGCCAGGCCGGCAGCCUGGUGAGCCUCACCCUGCGCGAGGAGUUCACCGUGCUGGGCCGCCAGGUGGAGGAUGCUGGGCGCGUGCUGGAGGGCAUCAGCAAGAGCAUCUCCUACGACCUGGACGGGGAAGAGAGCUACGGCAAAUACCUGCGGCGGGAGUCUCACCAGAUCGGGGAUGCCUACUCCAACUCGGACAAGUCGCUCACGGAGCUAGAGAGCAAGUUCCGGCAGGGUCAGGAGCAGGACAGCCGGCAGGAGAGCAGGCUGAACGAGGACUUCCUGGGCAUGCUGGUCCACACCAAGUCCCUGCUCAAGGAGACGCUGGACAUUUCUGUGGGGCUCAGGGACAAAUAUGAGCUCCUGGCCCUCACCAUCAGGAGCCACGGGACUCGGCUAGGUCGGCUGAAAAACGACUAUCUCAAAGUAUAGGUGGGAGGGCACGCAGCAGCCCCGGGGUGCAGGGCGAGGGGGAGGGCAUAAAAGACGGGGCUGCGUUUCCCUAAUACCUACUAUUUUUUCAUAUCCAGAUUUGCACUUUGAGAAUGCAUCUGAGGUCAUCUUUAAAAAGAAAAGAAAAAGUUCAGAGUUGAGUAAUUUAGUGUUCUGGUUUGGGUUUUGUACAUUAUUUAUAUGAUCCUUACGGAUGUAUCAGCUGGAAAGAACAAUUUGACAGCCAUGCGGUUCCUAGAGAGCUUUGUAACUCUGCAGAGAUACCCGCUGCGGCCACAUGAAAAAGGACAGUUUAUGUGGUAGGGGCUGUUUAAACUUCUGCAUCCUAGAGAUUGUGUGGAAAUAGCAAGAGAGGAUAAAGGCUUAGCUCCUUUCAGCCUCCAGCCUCCUCUCUGAAAAGCUGUCAGAGUCGCCUGUUUUUCAAAUGAGGUCCAAGGGGCCUCUCAGGCUCUUGGCAGUUGCUUGUUAGAUCUUUUCCUUUCCUCUCUUAUUUAUUAACCAUGAUUGGAGAGUUGUUUUUGUUUUUUGUUUUGUACCAAUGUUGUCAAGAACUAUAUGCAAAUCGUCCUUUGUGGGGUGACUUCCGAAGUGCCUUUGUGGUUGUGAGUUAAAGUGGCCACAGCUACAGAGUCCAGGCUUGGCAGGGGUGGCACGCUGGCGCUGAUGUUCCGAUUCGCGCUGCCUCUCCUUGUUUGUCUGUGCUUUGUCCUCAGUGCUACAGUCCAUCACAGAGAAGUGGGCAGAUGGCUGCAACACACCCCCACAGGCCUGGAAUGUGGGUUACCAAUGUAUUCGUUCUCAUUUGGGGGGGGUGCUUCUGUUUGCUUAUUGGUAACUUGUACUUCAAGUAGGGAGAUUUCUACUUCUAACUCCUUAGCUAAGUUUUAUUAUUCAGCCAAU